AUGGGAGAUAUCUCAUCUCCACUGGGUACUCCUGUGGAAAUGGCUGAGAACCAAGAGGACGAGACUCUAGCUUCGAAAUUGGAACACGGUGUUCAGAACCAAGAGCCUCCUCCGACAGCUCCACCAUCGCGUCGACGCUCUUCUUCCCUUCGACAUUCUUCUUAUGGAUACCCUGGCACGCCAUCUUCCGAUUAUUUCGACUACGGUAACGCUGGCCUAUCUCCAACCGCUGAAUCUGGUCCUUUCAAUAUGGCACCGAUGACUAGCUCCCUGCCUCACGGAGGCUACCCACAACCUUCUUUACCAGGGGGUCAUCAACAGUACGGCCAGCAGACUUCACCGCCAGCUAUACAGCACAUGCCACAUCACCCGUAUGUCGGCCAUCACCCAGGGCCAGUGAUGCCAGGGUACUACGUGCAGCAGCCACCUAUGCAUCAAUACUACACGGCCAGCACUCCUCCAGGUCACCAUGGUCCGCACCAGAUGCAAGGACGAGGCAAUUCUGGCUACUACCCGGUUCCAUAUCCGAUGGACCAUCCUCAAUCUCCAGGAUACUAUCAGCAACCGCCUCAGUUUGCUGAUCAUUCUCUUCAACGGCCCGACCACAUGAUGAACCGACAGUAUAGCCAAGGACACAUUCAAAAUGAAGGUCGAGGCCCACCUCGAAGACCGUCAUACCGAACAAACAGAUCUUUUCGAGACCCAAUAUCGCCUUCAGCCGAGACCAAGCGUCAACGACAGAAUCUAGUCCGUGGACCACCACGAAAGCCUCACCAAAGUGGCCACGCCAUAUGGGUUGGAAAUCUUCCUCCACAAACCGAAUUAAUGAAGUUGGUGCAUCACGUUUGCGAAUUAGCGCCAGGGCUUCAAUCUUUGUUUCUGAUUUCGAAGAGCAACUGUGCAUUCGCCAACUUCAAGGAAGAUGCUGCUUCCGUUGAAGCCCAGAAGACUAUUCAUGAGUCCAAGUUCCAGACCGUGCGACUAGUAUGCCGACUUAGAAAGAGCACCCCGGAAGCAGCCGCAGAGAGUCCAAUUGUCAUUGCCGAUGGAACAAGCAACCCCGAGUCGCCUACACUUUCAAAAGAUCCACUAAAGGAAAACAAGUCACCCAAACCCGAAACAUUGGAUCAUCCCGAGCCCAUGGACGUUCGCGGGGACAGCAGGAACGCCCUUGCAAACGCUCAGCGAGACCGAUUUUUCAUUCUCAAAAGCCUCACUCAUGAAGAUUUGGUACAGAGUGUCAAGACGAGCGUUUGGGCUACUCAGUCACAUAAUGAGCAUCUUUUGAACAAUGCUUUCAAAACUACCGAUAAUGUCUACCUAUUUUUUUCUGCCAACAAAUCUGGCGAAUAUUUUGGAUUUGCUCGAAUGACAUCGGCAAUCAAUCAAGACCCAAAUGCAGCCAUUCAAUUUGCGCCCCAAAACCAGACUGCCAGCGAAAGUGACCAACCACAACCUGUUACGAUCGAAGCGAAAGAUAAUAUUCCAAAAGGGCGCGUCAUUGAUGACUCGGCACGAGGAACCAUGUUCUGGGAAAUUGAAGAAAGUGAGACUGAGGGCGAUAUCGAGGACGACAACGAAGUCAUGAGUAACAAGGGAGCGGAUGAUGCGGAUGAGGACUUGCAGACACGGGGUAAACCAUUCAACCUCCAUUGGCUGUCCACUAUUCCGUUGCCCUUUUACCGCACACGAGGCUUGCGCAACCCUUGGAACUCGAAUCGCGAGGUCAAGAUUGCUAGGGAUGGGACGGAGCUUGAACCUUCAAUCGGACGCCGGCUCGUCGGUUUGAUGAAUAUCAACCUCAAUCCUGGACGGCCGCCACAUCCUUUGAAUGACCCGAGGGGCUUCAAUGCUUUUAUUGCCUCUGGCCGACGGCCAUGA